GGAAAAAAGGAAGACCAGUGAUCCAAAUCUAUCCAAAACAAAUUAAGAGAAGAUAUAAAGAAAUGAGGCAGCGUAGCUCGCAACGUGUCCGUCGUCAGUCCGCGUCUGACGACGGGAGCUCCGUCGAUCUGUCGGUGCUAGAGCUGGCUUCGCGUUCGGAUCAGUUGGCCGAUGCUAUUUUGAAGAAAUAUUCUGAUGCUGACGAAAACGUCACCGAAGUGCAUACUGCGUCGAACGACAAUGCCGCGCAUGAAUAUCUGCAUUGCCUUAAUGAGCUACGUACGAGAUCCGAAAGAGUCGGUUCCAGUGACUGCGAGCCUUCUGGAACAUUUCCCGGGAACUCGGCAGGCAGUUCAUCGAAUAGCAGCCUCUCGACGAGGAGUCUGGAUAGUCCUAGUACUAGUUUGGAGCAGGUUCACCCAUCUUCAUCGGCGGCAAACGCGUCAACUUCAUGGGACAGCGAUGUCGAUGUUGAGGCUGAUCCGCCAGAUUGGAGUCAAGCUGUUACCGAAGACGUUCUCGCACAGCUUAGCAACUCUGAGAAAAAAAGACAGGAUGUUAUUAACGAAUUGUUUCACACCGAACGCUCUCACGUUCGUGCAUUGAAAGUACUUUCACACGUCUUCCACAAACCUUUGUUGGAAUCUCAAGUGCUGCCAUUAGAUCAGAUUCAAUUGCUUUUCUCUAAUUUGGAUGAAAUGUUGAUGAUACAUUCGCACUUUAAUCAAGCGAUGAAACGAAAGAAAAAAGAGAAUCCGUGCGUAAGUGACGUAGGUGAACUUUUGCUAGAGAUGUUUGACGGUGAAGCUGGCGAGAUCUUCGAAAAGGCUGCAUCGACUUACUGCGCUAAGCAGCAAGUUGCUCUGGACGCUCUGCGCGAUCGUCGACGUAAGGAUUCCAAAUUAAAUGCCUUCCUGAACGAGGUGGAGGCAAAUCCAUUGUGCCGCCGACUUCAGUUGAAAGAUCACAUACUUACCGGCAUGCUGCGACUCACAAAGUACCCGUUGCUCUUUGAAAAUCUCGCUAAAUACACACCGGACAAUAAUGAAAAAGAGAAAGCCGCCAUAUUGCGUAGCCUCGAACGUAGUAAAGAGAUCCUGAGUCGCGUGAAUCAGGCGGUGAAGGAGGCCGAAGAUCAUCAACGACUCACAGAGAUUCAACGAACGAUCGAUCGAUCAGCCUUUGAUAAGUUUGAUCAUCCGACCGUGCAAGAAUUCAAGAACCUUGAUAUCACAAAGCGCAAGUUGAUCUAUGAAGGGCCGCUGCAGUGGCGGCGUACUGAGCCGAAUAGAUCGAUGCCGAAUAGAUCGGUGCCGAAACCGGUCGAUCUGCAUGUAGUGCUGCUUGACGAUACGAUCUUGUUUCUGCAUCGGCAAGACGAUAAGUAUUUGCUUAAGUUUAUCAAUACAACGAACCAGGCGGGCAAUUCUGUGCUAAGUCCGAUUGUCAAGUUGUCCACUGUAUUGGUGCGUCACAAUGCCGCUGAGAAAGAUUCCCUCUAUCUUGUCAACACCUCGGAGAAUGGUGCGCAGAUGUACAAUCUAGUGGCACCGUCUUCGGCAGAGCGAAAACUUUGGUGCAAACACAUCUCCGAAGCUGUGGAGGCCUACAAAACACGUGAUCGUCAAGGCAGAAGACCAUUGCCAUCCACUACACUGGCGGAAGAACCAACGCACGCGAUGGAAGAUAUAUCGCCUUCUGGAAUGGAAGCGGACGGCAUAACCGUUGAGAAAGAUCAGUUGCAGGAUCGAGAAUCAAAGAAUGGACAAAAUACUGCCGGCAUACAAGAGCAUGAUGAGGAGAUGCCGCAAACCACUACCACAGGAACUUCUACAACCGAACAUACGCAACAGCGAAUACAAUCGACUGAGUCGUCAACGACAGGUAUGGUAGAGCCUCUACGAAUGGUUACAUGUACUCAGCUCUCAUUGAUAGAUCCAUUGGAAGUUCAUGUGGAAGUACCACCGGUACAUGUUGCAGAACCGGUUCUGACGCCAAUAGAAUGUCUGAGGCGUAAGGAUGAAAUAAUUAAACAAGCUUUACUUGAAAAGCAACUACUGAUGGCGGAUAUAUUAAAUAUUCCUAAAGAAGAUUUUGAACAUGUAGCAGACAUAGCAUCUGAACCAUCUGUGGAAAAAGAACCUGUUGAGCUCAUACUUGCUGCUAUUAAUCAAACUGAUCAGUUAAUGGGAAUGCUGAAUUCUGCAUUAAAUAUAAGCGAGACAGAAACAAUAUUUGCAUCACGUGGAUCAUCGACAUUAUCAUCUCCUGCGUGUGAAGCUACCGGUUGUCCUUCACUACGAAAUCACUUGCAUCCUCAACAAUCAGUUAUGAUGGGAAUGAUGCAGCCGAUCUGUCAUUAUCUCACGUCCCAACUCUCACAACUGUCACAGCUCUUGGAGAUUACAAAAGAAAGAGAAGACGAGCGAGAGAAGCUGCGUAAGGAAUUGCGUAGAAGCAGGGAACGUAUACAUGCGCUUGACACUGAUGUACAACGUCGUGAAUUUUCGGAAAUGAUAACCACAACAACUCACACGCAAACAAUGCUUGAUGACCAUAUGCGCCAAGACAAUAGCAUCAAUGACUCUACUCAUCAUGAUCAGGAAUUUAUUGAUGUACACGAAGAAACAGCUGCUGAUGGCAGGGAUGUGGAAAAUCUUGAACUGAAGGCAGAAACUGAAGUGAUGGGUGACAGUGUUGGUUGAGACACAGCUGAAAAACUUCUUUCGAUUAUAUCUUGAUGCGAUGCAUUUCACGAGCGGUGCUGAAACGCUUUCGUAAAACGGGAGAAAUCAAAAUUAUUCGUAAAAAGAAUUCAAAAAAUGGACGAUGCAUAACAUGCAAAGCGUAUUGCGUAUAAUUCUUUAUCUUGGACGAUAAUAUCGUAGACAUACAGGAGAAAGGAGCAAAAGUUGUUAGCUGUUUUAUUUACCCUAUAAUUUUAAUGAUAACAUAGAUUACAUACAUGCUAUCUUUUUUUAAUUAUUGAAGAUUUAAUGUAUUAUUUUAUGAAAUAUGGGAUAUAUCUAGAGAUUUUUUAUGUUCAUAAAUUAUCCAUAUUUCCCCAUGAUAUUUUUUUACCAUGAUGUUUCUUUGCAAAAUGAAAAAGUCUAUGUUGCUUCUUUUUGUGCUAUCUGAUUCCAACCAAAUUUGUGAAUUAUUAAUAGAAAAAAUUGUCAAUAUAGUCGCAUGAAAAAAAUCGCUUGCUGAUAUAUAUCAGACAAUAUAUUCGCAACUUAUUAAAUUAGUGUAAUAUAAUAAGUAAUAUUGUUAUUAAUUAUAACAAAUAAUUUAAUUAUUAGAUAUAUUUCGUAAAUAAUGUCGACUUUUUUAAUAAUAAAUAUUGAGUAAUUAAGAUGUUCAAUAUUAAUCGUAAUUUAUGUUUUUGUUAAAUUUUUUCAAAGUAUUUAUAUUACAAUAAAACAGCUAAUUUUUGUCUUAUUCCUGUAUUUAUCAAAAGAUGGAUCAAUAAUUAAUGCCUUUACCAAAGAUUUUAUGUAAAUGGAUUUACAUAAUUUGCACUAAUCUCUCAAAUGCAAUUUUUUGUACAUCAUUGCAUUGUACAUCGUUGCAAACCGAGUCCUAUAUAAAUACUACUAAUAUCAUUAUUCUUACUUAAAAGAAAUUUACACGCAAAAAUAAAUAGUAAAAUAGGAAAGAAAAAAA